AUGUGCGCUGUUAAAUCACCAGCAGUCUCGGCUAAGGAUGUUGGGUCUGCUAUUUCAUCGCGUGACGGAGCUGGUUCGUGUUUGACAUCAGUUACUGACAGUAAUUUGGAUGCAAAUACUGACGAUUUUUCAAUGAAAGCUGUCUAUGAAUUAGACCCAUCUGAGAUGGGUGUUUCAAGAUCUAUUUCGCGAUGCUCACUGAAUUCAGCCAUGUCAAUGACAGCGACAAAGGACGGCGUUGAAGGUUCAAAGUUUAAGAGGGACGGGAUUCCUCAAUAUUCGUUAAACUUACUGAACAGUAUGAAUUAUAAUGGAAGUAGUUCCAGUAUUACCAAUAAGAAGAAACAUCACGAUCUAUCCGACCUAUCAAAUCUGCCUCCCAUGACUUUAAGAGAAAAAAUGAAAUUGUUGAACAAUGACAAACAACUGUCUGCCAUAGACUCCUUGGACAGUCUCCUAGAUCAAAAUAAACCCGCUAGUGAGCUGUCUCGCAGCGAAGUAGAUAGCACUGCAAGUGUUCUGGGUGGUGAUGAUUUAUCCUACAUUCACGCAUUCAGGAGCCCUUCUCAUCACAGCAUCACAAGCAGUUUGAACUUAACCUCUUAA